CCCAUAGUCUGCUUUUUUUCACUGGAAACUUUUGACAGCUGUUAUAUCAUUUCUAAUAAACUGACUUGACCUGACUGCUAGACUUAGGUAACCAAAACAACGUUCAGACGUGACUGACGACGAAAUUUGCACCCGCUCGCUGUCUGCCAUUAUAGCUCAUUGCUUGCAACCCAUAUGAUUUAUGAAAGAUUGUUAGGCGGCAGAAACAGCGAGCGACUAUGACCGGGUCCAAGAGCGGCGCAUGGACAGAGGAAGAAGACCAGCUGUUGACGAAGUUCCAGGCUGUAUAUGGCAAUAAAUGGUCUUUGGUCAGCCAACACAUCCCAGGGCGUAAUGGGCAGCAGUGCGCGCAACGAUGGCGACAUAAGGUGAACCCCAAUAUAGUAAGAGACAAGUGGACACCCGAAGAGGAUAGUAUCCUCGUCAAGCUGGUUAGUGAGCUUGGCGUCGGAAAGUGGGCUUCGGUGGCUCGACAUCUCCCAGGUCGCACAGACCAGCAAUGCAUGGGCCGAUGGCGACGGCACCUUGAUCCAAACAUCCGUAAGGAUGCGUGGACGGCGGAAGAGGACGCAGAGCUGCAGGCCCUCUACGACGAGUAUGGCCCGUCCUGGUCCUGCAUCGCCAAGCGCAUUACAAACCGCACGCCCCAGCAAUGCCGCGGGAGGUGGUGUAUUCUGUCAGGCUGCAGCAAAAGCAAGGCGGCGCCGUCAACAGCACCAGAGACCCCACACUUCCGCAAGAACCGCAAGGGUCCAGGCGCCGUCGCCGCCGCCGCCGCCACAGCUGUCCGUCAAGGCAACGCCCAAGGCUGCCCCUCCACCGUCAGCCGCAGAGGCGCUCCCACCGAGCUGCCUGCCAUGCCUGCCUCAGAGGUCGCACCCACACCCAUGGGCACCAUGCAACCCCCAACCGUUCAGCGAGUGCGCCGGUGCCGGAUGCCCGCACUUGCCGUCACCCCAGAAGAUCCUGACCAAGAAGAUCUGGCGGAGGAGGAGGCGAAGGCUUCCGUGCAGCAGCGGCGGUACUCAUGUCGGCUGCUGCAGGUUGCCGCGGCAGAGCACCUGCAAGCCGACGCAGAAAGCAGCGGCCCAGACAAGGAGGACACGCAAGCGCAGAAGCAAGGGAACGGCGGCGCCCCAACUGUAUCGGCGGUGACAAAAGGCCGCCUGCUGCUGGGCACCCAGGUCCUGGCCUUCCGCACCCGCCCAAGGUCCACACGCCGCAAGCCCUGCACCCGCGUCGCUGCCGUACUCCCACCCAGCACCAGCGACUCGCCCAGCGCGGAGUGCCCACAGCAGGGCGCCUGCGUCUCAGCUGCCGUCGCGGCAGUGGCGCUGCUGUCUCCUCCACGAGGCACUCUGGACUUGUUCGAGAUCAUCGAGGAGGAGGAGGCCGCCAUGCUGUCCGGGCUCCUGGACGACGAUGACGAGGAGGACAGGCCGCCCCUGGUGACCGCUGAGAGCACCGGCGACCGAGGGGACGCCGCGCCAGUACGCAGCACAAGCAAUGGCGGCUGCGCCAGCGCCAGUGUCGCAUACACGCCAGACGAUGCGCUGCUAUCACUGUCGACCCGGAUAACGCGCAGCGGCCGUUGCUAUCCGCUCACCUGCACCAACCCGGGCGGAGCCGCAUCGCAGCGCCGCCGUCGGUCGCCUGCUGCAACCACCACCGAGACGGAGGAGGACCACAAGGCAGCUGCUGCAGCCCAUGCUGCUGCCACCACAACAGCCGCGACCUCCCGGCCUACGGCGGCGCUCGAGAACCAAGACACAAGAGAUCUCGUGACGUCAUGUGGGGCCCUGCAGCACGGCGACAACGGUGAUGGCGCCCAUGCACUGCCGCCCGCGCCGCGGCAGCAGGACGACGCUGGCGUCCAGGGGGACGUUGCGGCGCACGUCCUGGCCCUUCUACCGCCUCCGCACGCAGCCGGUGUGGCUUCACCGGUGGCGCCAUUGCACAGCGUUGAUCUCGGCAAUCACGUUGACCACGUUUUCGACAACGUCGGCAGCCCAGACCCGCUGCAGGUGGCGGUCCCCGGCCUGGACGGGCACCUGCUGUCCAGCGGCAGCACCUGCUCCUCCUUCGGCAUCCCAGCGCACCUGCUGAGCGAGGGGCAGGUAGGAGGCGCCGGGGAGCACCCGGCGGACUGGCAGCAGGUGGGCUCACCGCCCACCAGCUCCCUCCUGGCGCUGCUGCAAGCAGGUCUGCUUCAGACGCCGACCGGCACUCCCGGCGCCAGCCCUGGCCCCAGUGCCCUCAGAGCACCCAUCGUGCCCGGCAUGCCGCAAGUUACGCCGGGUUUCAGCCAUGACUGGUCUGACGUUCCGGCGCUGUCGUGGUCGGAGUGGCGGAACUGCAAGGGCGGUUUCGGCGUCGUCGCCCAGCACCCUGCUACCAACGGCCAAGGCACGCCAGAUAACACGCAGGCCGCACAGCGGGCUCAAGGGACUUGCGGGGUCAACGUGACGCCACGGCGAGACAUGUUUGUGCGGCCCAUGGGCCAAGCCGUUGGAUUUCCGCAGCCUCAGCUUCAAGCCCACGACGCCAUUGAAGCCAUGGGCGACAGCGAGGGUCAAGGCACAACGCACCCAUCGUUCACCUCCCCAAGCAUCUCCAUCCCCGGCCGCACACGCUCGCGUCGUGCCUCCGCCGACGAGGCAGUCCUACAGCACUGGAAUGCCGGCAUGACAGAAACCACUGCGGCAGGCACAACACACAUGGCGGGCUUUGCGGCUGUGAGCCCAUGCCGCCCACCGAUGGCGUCCCAUGGCCGGCUGCUGCCUGAUUUCUGCAGCCCUAGCAAGAAGCAGCGUAUGGGUGCGCUAGAGACAGGGUUCGGCUACGUGGGGAGCCUGCCGGGCAUCAGCUUCGCCGUACAGCCGGCUCAGACCCGGCAGGGCGAAGAAGCACCGGCACCUGCUAGCACCGUACUGGGCUUCUCGGUCGCCCGGCCAGCCGGCCAUGCGGGCAGGCUGCACAGCGGCGCUGCUGGCGGAGGAGAGUCUGCGCUCCCCAUGUCCGCGCUUCUAGCACCUCCAAGACUUGAACUGCCUCCCACCAAGGGCAAUGCGGCCAUGGCUGCUGGCAAGAACAUGCCGUUGCUGCCAUCUGUAGCACUGGGGGCCCUUUCAACGCUACCCCUGAUGACCGCUCCAAUUCCCUUGCCACCGGCACAGCAGCUGCCUGCUCUCGCGCACGUGCCCUUGCCGCCGGCGCUGGAAAGCGCGCUCACAGCCGCACAAGUGGAGGUUUACCGCCCUGGCAACGCGCCCACACCAGCACACCCGCCGCCUGCAAGAGGGAGUGGCGCGGGCGCCAUGCAAGACGUGGCACGAGAGGGCGGCGGCACCGGCGUUGUCCGGCCCGCGCCGUUGGCGGGCCCUUUAGGCGGACACAACCCUCUGGGACUGUUGCCACUCCUGGCGCUGCCCAAGCUGCCUGUGGGCGCACCCCAGCAGCGAGCCAUGUCCUCCUUUUUCCCUGUGCUCACGCUCAACGACCUUCGAGAUGGCAAAGCGAACGCCGGGGCCAACAAACCCUAACUGACGAGGCGCUAUUCUACACAUUGUACUACAAUCAUUACGGGUGAAUUACAUGCAAUGUCUUGCAACCUGUUGUCGUCUGUGUUGGAGAAAUGAUAGCAUGGACCUCAUCUUAGGACCGUGAUUGUGUGGGGUUGGAAGAGUUUUGAUUGGACCGUUUCAGCAUCUCAGUGUAGUUGGAGGCCCCUUUUGCCAACGUAUAUUUAUUGAUGCCGGGGAUGCCAUGUCAUGGCGGCUAUGGUUGGUGCUUUUGUGUGUAGGGCCUUUUUGUUAAACCCCCAGCUGCCCUACGGCACUCUAAUGUCUGUGCUUGGGUAUGCAUUGCCUGAAAUGGCGGGGGACGAUGGUGGGUGGAAUGCCAUUGCGUUAGCUGGGACUGUCGUCAGUCUCGCAAAUGUGCCCAGGGUUUCCUUAUUUAUCCUUCGUUGGUUUUUUCACGCAUAAAGAACAAUGCCAUGCCUGGUUUUACGCACGAGUUUGUCACAUGGGCUGUGCCCUCUUGUAUAUCUUCUGUUAUUAGUGCAUCAAUGUUCUGCUUACCAGCACCUGUGCAUUGCUCAGCCUAUUAUCUAUCCGCUCGGAGAUCCUCUGCGACCGGUAUUGUACCUCAUCUUGAUAUCCCUGGGGUUAUUCAUUGGACUGCUGAUUAGUACCACUCCUAUGCACUGUACGGCGGUAGCCGAGACCCGAACUUGUAACCGGAAUGAUUGAG